CACUGUAACUUUUACACACUCAUGUAUUUAUUUCUUUUAGAAUUUCAGAAAAUUUAUGAUCGUUUAGAUAUUAAGUUAACAGAAAUGGGCGAAUCGUUUUAUCAGACACAUAUGGAAGAUGUAGUUAAAUUAUUAGAAAACAAAGGUCUUCUAGAAAACGAUAAUGGUCGCAAAAUAAUGUGGGGCGACAAGGAAAUUCCCAUGACUAUAGUUAAAUCAGAUGGGGGAUUUACCUACGACACUUCUGAUAUGGCAACGAUUAAGUAUCGUAUUGAUGAAUUGAAUGGCGACUGGCUUAUUUAUCUCACCGACGCUGGUCAAGCAACACAUUUUCAACUCCUUUUUAAAUGUGCCGAAAAUGCAGGAUUUUUUGAUAAAAAGAAAGUCAGACUUGAUCAUGUUACUUUUGGCGUAGUUUUAGGAGAAGAUAGGAAAAAAUUUAAAACGCGAUCGGGGGACACUGUAAAAUUAAUAGACCUAUUGGACGAAGGAUUAAAAAGAGCUCUUGAUAAGCUGAAGGAGAAAGAGAGAGAUAAGGUUUUAACUCCAGAGGAAUUAAAGCAAGCCCAAGAAGCAGUGGCUUACGGCUGUAUAAAAUACGCUGAUUUAUCCCACAACAGAAAUCAUGAAUAUGUCUUCUCAUUUGAUAAAAUGUUAGAAGAUAAGGGUAAUACAGCGGUGUAUUUGUUAUACGCUUACACUCGUAUUAGAUCAAUAGCGAGGAACGCUAAUAUUGAUUCGGAAAAAAUGAAGGAGCUCAUUGAAAAGCACAAUGUUUCUUUAGAUCACGAAAAAGAAUGGAAGUUAGGGAAGGUUCUACUUCGUUUUCCUGAUGUACUUUUUAAAAUUACUGAAGACUUAUGUUUACAUCAUCUUUGCGAAUACUUGUACGAAAUAUCGUGUGCUUUUACUGAAUUUUAUGACUCUUGUUAUUGUAUUGAAAAGGAUAGCUCUGGAGACAUUGUUAAAGUUAACGUGGGAAGAAUUUUGCUUACUGAAGUAACAGCUCUUAUUAUGGCAAAAUGCUUCGAUAUAUUGGGUGUAAAACCUGUUUCAAAGAUGUGAAUAAUAACAAGAUGCUUUUCCCUA